UUUCUUUAGUGUUACCAUUGACACCCGACAAAAUAUUGAAUUACCGAGUUUUAGGCUCCGGGAGGUAAUGCCCCGGAAGGCGGGGAACGCGGAAGAGGCCGAGGCCGGCGCGGAGGAGGCGGACGCGGAGGCGUCCGGCCCGGAAGAGUCCCACCAGGAGGAGCCCGGCUCCCAGCAGGAGAUGGAGGCAGGGCGGCCGCGGCGGAUGCUGCGCUCAGUGAACACGCGCGAGCCGUCCCAGGUCAUCUUCUGCAACCGCAGCCCGCGCGUGGUGCUGCCCGUGUGGCUCAACUUCGACGGCGAGCUGCAGCCCUACCCGAGGCUGCCCGCCGGCACGGGCCGCCGCAUCCAUAGCUGCCGGGGUCAUCUUUGGCUCUUCCGAGAUGCUGGGACAUCUGCUGGGCUUCUAGUUAACCAAACCGAGCUGUUUGUGCCGUCUCUCAAUGUUGAUGGACAGCCUAUUUUUGCAAACAUCACACUGCCAGUGCACACCCUGAAAGAGCAGUGCCUCCAGCUUGUGCGAAGCCUAGUCAAGCCUGAGGAUUACAGGAGACUGGACAUCGUGAGAUCCCUCUACGAAGAUUUGGAAGACCACCCAAAUGUGUGGAAGGACCUGGAGCGGUUGCCCCAGGAGCAUAUUGAAAAUCAGUGGAUGGCAGAGGAGACUGAAGAUUUUAAUUGAAAUGUACACUCCUGGGUCUCGGCUUUUGACAGUCCUGACAAGUCUCGAUCUAGAUCUAGGGCUGGUCACUUUUUCUCGGCUUCAAAGUGUCUCAUUCUUUGAGUAAAAAUGCUCCAUUGCUUAAAAGAAAGUUAACUGACCUCACUACUGGGCACUGUGAUGUU